AUUUUCGUGUCUUUCAUUUCUAUUUUUUGGGUCUGUUUUGGUUCCCUUUUUGCGGACACCUGUUUUCGUUUCUUCUCGUUUUACGUUUGCUCGUACGAGCUGUAAGGGAAUCCAUCUAGAGAUUGGGGAUUGAGGGUCGAUCUAUUCAGUUUCUUGUCUUCGUGUCACUUUCGACAUUUGUGAAAGCUUGCUGGGACGCUUUUAUUCUGAGCGCUGUCGAUCUGAAAGCCGUUGCUCAAGCACUUGAUGCAAUCGAUGGAUCUGCAUUCUCCUCCUAAUGCUGCGGAUAACAACUAUAUAAGCUCCCUUGAAAGUAGUUUCAGUGACUCAUUACGUAUUCAAGAUGACCAGAAAUCAGAAAUUCCACUGGAGGAGACUUGUAACUGUAAUGUGGUGGAGCGUCUGCGUGGAGCUUUUGAACAGCAAGAUGUGGAACUAAAUAACAAGUGCUUGAACAGGUGUGCGACCUUUCCUCAUCCGGGCAUGAUUUUACCUCCAAGCUCUUCGAAUGCUGAAGAUGGGAAGGCUAAUGCGUCAUUGCCAGAGUCCCUCUUUGAGCAGUCUGCACAUCAAACCUAUGCACGAUCAAUAUCUCUGCCUACUCCUUUGAAGCCUGUGUCUGCAAUGAAAGGUAGCCGUGAGAAGCAAGGGGGAUCGCAAAUGAAAUUGACCGUGAAAUGGGCCCCUGAUGUGUAUGAUCCAGUGCCUACAUCGUUAUCUCAUACUGUUAAAAACAGGAAACAGCAGAAAUCCAGGAACAAGAAGAAUGAUAAGAAAAAUGGAAAGAAAAGUCAGAAGGGAAAUUCUUCUCGAGGGGCCAAGGAUAAGAAGCAGCUUCGCAAAACCUCCGUGACUUCUGAUUUGUGCUAUAAGCUACCGGAUUCUCGUGAUAAGGUGAUAGAAACUUCAACUGACUUUGAUGCUCUUGAUGUUAGUACGCAAGAUUCCUAUUGCGGAACUAGCUUCUUAAAGAAUUCACUUACGAAAGUACACUUUUCAGUUGCCGAAGCCCUGUAAGUCAUAUCCGAGUUUUUGCUCUUAUCUUCCUCAUUGUGCAUAAAUAAAUAUUUUCUUUCGGUCAGCGUGUCCAAACAUUGGAUUGUAUGUUAGUUCGGUUUUGUUUUCAUGCAUGAACUAAAACAUUUUGUGCUAUUUAGAAAGCAGCCUGCUUUGGAUUUGCAUAUCA